AUGGCCGUAUUCGUGGAUUUGGGUGAGGAUGACGGCGAACCUCCUCACCAAGACCAUUUGCCGCCGUGGAGCGGCCCGGUCGACGCCAUCAAACCGAUGGCCGCGAUGGGCGCAGGCCGAAGUCUGUCCGGCGAUGGUGCCGGAAGCACCAUCGGCCAUUCUGGAGAAAUGGAACGCGAGGAGGAACCUGGGUCCGCCGCGAGGGAGAACCCGAAUCUGAACAUCGUGACGCAGGCCCUUGGAUUGUACCCCAUCGUCAUGUCGGUAGCCUCCUCGAUCGACCUCAACACCCUCGACAACAUGUCACGAACGUGUCGCCAGAUCCGCGAUGGCCUGUUGCAGUACCGCAAAGUGUUGAUUGCAUCAACGCUGCGCUGCAUCAAUGACGCCCUCCCCGUUGACCCCGAGGAGACGUUGCGGUACCGCGCUCGCGCCGGUAACUGGUAUUACAUGCAAGACGCAGGCCGGGGCAACUACAACGGGAAGUCGGGCCGUAUCUGGAAAUGGCGCAACCAGUACACUGAAGUACUCGGCGGCCUCGGCAUCGGAAUCGGAGAAGAUGGCGAUGCCGAAGAUGCCAGAGAGGCGGAGUAUUUUCAGAAUGCUACGAGCACACCACACAGCGGCGCAAGCAGUAGCAACAGCCCCUCGCCCCUCGCUCCGCCGUGGGCUACCGCGGCUGGCGCUGGGAGUAGUAGCGCUAGCCUCAGUAGCCUGGUCAGCUCCCCGGGCGGGUCGGGUACCUUGGAUCCUAGGACACCGAGUCCGGCAUUGAAGCCCGGAUAUGAGAGACAUGAGGUUGAAGGCAUUGGUGGUGUGAUGAAGAAAAUGCGGGUGCGAAUGGUGAAGGUCGGUGCGUGUGUGCCCGAGUGGGAGGAUGAGAGAGCAAAAUCCGAGGUCCUUGCCAGGGAGGUGCAUGGUAAACGAAGGAGUUGGUGCGGGUGGUGCAGGAGGGUGAUUCCGUCGACGGUGGAUUACGAGGCGGAUAGACAUCCCGAAGGCGCGGGGAAGGGAAAAGAGAAAGAUGAAUAA